AUGAUUUCACGACGGUCAUGGGAAUGGGAUCAUCGUCAAACUUUAUUACUAUACGCAUACAACGAGCUGGCUCUCGAACUGGAUCUGGAAGAGGGACUUUUCUCGGCCUACCUCCAUGAGGAUGUCGACCGCUACAUCCCUCACCCCCUCCUCGGCGCUCUCUCUCUCGUCAUUCGAAGAAAAGACCUUAGCUCAAAAGGUCUCGCCGCCUGCCCCGCCGCCAACAUCCCAGUCUGGAUUGUGCGCACAGGGGAAGAAGGAGAAGCCAACCUAAGCACACCCAUCCUCUUUGACGGCCUGAUCAAGGAAGAAGCAACCCAAGUACCAGAAGCAAACCUCUGCACCAUCGGCAAGCACGCCAUCCGCACAACACUUUCCCGAGCCCUGAAGUUUAUCUUCUCGCUCUCCGCCCGCGAAAACGCCGCCUUUGGCCAACAGCCAGACCCCUACCUCGCGACUCAACACCCUCGCCGUCUUCCCGACUGGCGAACUGAAUACCUCACCCUCGCUCAAGACCUCAAGCGAGAACUAGGCGGCCCGGGCUCAACCUGGGUGGAGAACAUAACGCCAGACAAGCUCGCGGCUCACUGGUUCGCAAAAGAACAAAAGUACAUCCGAGACCGCGAGGAGAAGCUGCGCAAGUCGUUGGUUGAAUUGAUGGAGGAAAAAGCCUCCGGGGUGGUGGAAUGGAGGUGGAACAAAAUCAACCCAGAGGAUCUGGAGGAAGUUUACAGAUUCUCGAUAGGGGAGGAGCAUAUUUAUUGA